AUGGGAGAGAGCGAAACAAAACUCUCUGUCCCUGAUCACAACUCUCUUAUCUUAAACACGAACCUGACAAACCUCUCUCAAGGCAUAUAUUCAUUUUGGUUAAACCAAAACACUGAGGAGAGAAAGAACGAGAUGGCGAAGAAGAGAGGACAUGUAUUGGCAGUGCCAUAUCCAACGCAAGGACACAUCACACCAAUCCACCAAUUCUGCAAACGACUUCACUUCAAAGGUCUCAAAACCACUCUCACUCUCACCACUUUCGUCUUCAACUCCAUCAAACCUUACCCAUCUGGGCCAAUCUCCAUAGCCGCCAUCUCUGAUGGCUACGACCUCCACGGCUUCGACUCAUCUGGCUCCAUCCACGAAUACCUCCAAAACUUUAAAACAUUCGGCUCCAAAACCAUUGCAGACAUCAUCCGCAAACACCAGACUAGUGAUGACCCCAUCACUUGUAUCGUCUACGAUGCUUUCAUGCCUUGGGCACUCGACGUUGCCAGAGAGUUUGGUCUAGCCGCGGCUCCUUUCUUUACUCAGUCUUGUGCUGUUAACUACGUUUAUUACCUUUCCUACAUAAACAAUGGAAGCUUGAAUCUUCCCAUUGAAGAAUUGCCUUUUCUUGAGCUCCAAGAUUUGCCUUCUUUCUUCUCUGUUUCUGGAUCUUACCCUGCUUACUUUGAGAUGGUGCUCCAACAGUUUACAAACUUCGAGAAAGCUGACUUUGUGCUCGUUAAUACCUUCCAAGAUCUGGAUCUUCUUGAGAAGGAGUUGUUGUCAAAAUUUUGUCCUGUGUUGACAGUUGGUCCGAGUGUUCCAUCAAUGUAUUUAGACCAACGGAUCAAAUCAGACACAGACUACGAUCUGACUCUCUUUGAAUCGAAAGAUGCUGCCUUGUGCACUAGCUGGCUCGACACAAGGCCACAAGGGUCGGUGGUGUAUGUAGCAUUUGGGAGCAUGGCUAAGCUGAACAAUGUGCAGAUGGAGGAGCUUGCUUCAGCAGUAAGUAACUUCAGCUUCUUGUGGGUUGUCAGAGCUUCAGAGGAGGCAAACCUGCCAUCAGGGUUUCUUGAGACAUUGGAUAAAGAUAAGAGCUUGGUCUUGAAAUGGAGUCCUCAACUCGAAGUUCUAUCAAACAAAGCCAUUGGUUGUUUCUUGACUCACUGUGGCUGGAACUCAACCAUGGAGGCAUUAACCUUUGGGGUUCCCAUGGUGGCUAUGCCUCAAUGGACCGAUCAACCAAUGAACGCAAAGUACAUACAAGAUGUGUGGAAGGCUGGAGUUCGUGUGAAGACAGACAAGGAGAGUGGGAUUGCCAAGAGAGAGGAGAUUGAGUUUAGCAUCAAGGAAGACAAAACCAUCCUCUGUCCCAUCAGCAAAACAAACAGCGCCUUGUCCUUGGUGGAUGAUACGAACAGUUCAUGUAUAACGAUUAAACGCAACUCGGGUUUGUCUUCUUGCUCUGAUCACAAGCAACUUCAAACGCGUAUCAACAUAAUAUUUACAAUUUCUCUUUACUCAUUUUGUUGUAACCAAGAGAGAGAUAGAGAGAAGAAGAAGAGAACUAUGGAGAAAAAGAGAGGGCAUGUACUAGCAGUGCCAUUCCCAAGCCAAGGUCACAUCACACCGAUUCGCCAGUUUUGCAAACGACUUCACUCCAAAGGUUUCAAAACCACUCACACUCUCACCACUUUCAUCUUCAACACGAUCUAUCUGGACCCAUCAAGUCCGGUCUCAGUAGCCACAAUCUCCGACGGCUACGACCACGGUGGCUUCUCAUCAGCCGCCUCCGUCCCCGAAUACCUCCAAAACUUCAAAACCUUCGGCUCCAAAACCGUUGCUGACAUCAUCCGCAAGCAUCAGACCAGUGAUGACCCCAUCACUUGUAUCGUCUACGAUUCUUUCAUGCCUUGGGCUCUUGACCUUGCAAGAGAGUUUGGUUUAGCUGCGGCUCCUUUCUUCACGCAGUCUUGCGCCGUCAACUACAUUAAUUAUCUUGCUUACAUAAACCAUGGAAGCUUGAAACUUCCCAUCAAGGAUUUUACUUUUCUUGAGCUCCAAGAUUUGCCCACUUUCGUGACUCCUACUGGGUCCCAUCUUGCUUACUUUGAGAUGGUGCUCCAACAGUUCACCAACUUCGACAAAGCUGACUUCGUACUCGUUAAUACCUUCCGGGAGCUUGACCCUCAUGAGGAGGAGUUGUUGUCGAAAGUUUGUCACGUGUUGACAAUUGGUCCGACUGUUCCAUCAAUGUACGUAGACCAACAAAUCAAAUCAGACACCGACUAUGAUCUAAACCUCUUCGACUCAAAAGAAGCUGCCUUGUGCACUGACUGGCUAGACACGAAGCCACAAGGGUCAGUGGUGUAUAUAGCCUUUGGGAGCAUGGCUCAACUGAGCAGUGUGCAGAUGGAAGAGAUUGCUUCUGGGAUAAGCAACUUCAGCUACUUGUGGGUGGUCAGAGCUUCAGAGGAGUCAAAGCUCCCAUCAGGGUUUCUUGAAACAGUUGAUAACGAAAAGAGCUUGGUCUUGAAAUGGAGUCCUCAGCUUCAAGUUCUGUCAAACAAAGCAAUCGGUUGUUUCAUGACUCACUGUGGCUGGAAUUCAACCAUGGAGGGUUUGACUUUAGGGGUUCCCAUGGUGGCUAUGCCUCAAUGGACCGAUCAACCGAUGAAUGCAAAGUACAUACAAGAUGUGUGGAAGGUUGGGGUUCGUGUGAAGGCAGAGAUAGAGAGUGGGAUUGCGAAGAGAGAGGAGAUUGAGUUUAGCAUUAAGGAAGUGAUGGAAGGAGAGAAGAGUAAAGAGAUGAAGAAGAACGCAAAGAAAUGGAGAGACUUGGCUGUAAAGUCACUCAGUGAAGGAGGCUCUACAGAGAUCAACAUUAACACAUUUGUGUCCAAGGUUCAAAUCAUUCUAUCUGAAGAUGAGAUCUUACCAAGGGAACUUAAACGUAUCUUUCCACCAUCCUUGCUUAGAGCAAUUAGCUACGAUUUUGUCAAGUCGAAUAAUGAUCUCAGAGAAUGUCGGCCUAAUACCAGCUUCUGGAUGCCAACACUCCUCAAUCAACCUGCACAUUAA